AGAGUGCAUAAAAAAGGAAAACCCUAGAAGAAAUCUCUCGACAGUUAGAGACGAUAUCCUCUUUACCUUCGGAGUCAAGUUUGUUGUUGCGUAAAGCGGAAGCUAUCAUCACAAACAAUGGAGAACGAUGUAGAGAGACCGUACGCUGUUCUAACGAUGGAUGAAGUUAAAGAAAAGAUGAAAAAAGAGAUCUCUGAAAUCUCUGAAAUCUUCUUGAUAUCAAAAUCCGAUGCGACCGUACUUCUCAUGUUUCUCCGAUGGGACUCGAAUCGGGUUUUGGAGCGUUUGGGUGAAGACGCGGAGAAACUAAUGACUGAAUCAGGUUUGAAAUCAGUUGUAAUUGAUUCGAAUCAAGAUUUAUCUGAUGUAUCUUGUGGGAUUUGCUCUAAGAUUGGUGAUGGUGAUGGUUUAAUCUCCACGGCUUGUUGUUCUCACAAGUUGUGCAACACUUGUUGGAGCGAGUAUCUUGAGAAGAAUUUCUUCUCUGUGGAGAAAAACCAAACUGCAAUCUCUUGUCCUGAUCAAUCUUGUCGAGCUGCUGUUGGACCGGACACGAUUGAGAAACUCACCGUACGUGAUCAAGAGAUGUACGAGAAGUAUGUUCUGAAAUCUUACCGUGAGAGAUGUCUGGGAUGGAAGAUCAAACAGUGUCCUGCUCCGGGUUGCAAUUACAACAUUGAGUUUCAUCUGGCGAGUGAAGAUGAAGAGCAUAGCUUAAACAUUGUGUGUCUCUGUGGUCAUAUCUUCUGUUGGAGAUGCAUGCUUGAGUCACACAGACCAGUGACCUGCAACAACGCUUCUGAUUGGUUGUCUAGAGACUUGAAGAAAUUGAUAGGAGAAGUAGACAAGCCAUCGACCCUCUCCUGGAUUGAAACCAAUACCAAGCCUUGCCCUCAUUGCUUUAUUCCUGUGGAGCUUGAUGAUGUACACCAAUGGAACCAGUUCUUGACAUGUGCCUGCAGUGGGCGUUUCUGUUGGAAGUGUUUUCAGUCACCGGAAGCUCACGGAAUCUAUGGAUCCUGUUUUGCACCGGAGGAUUUGAGCAAUGUUGGUUUCAGUCGUUGGAGCAAUGUUGGUUCCAAUCCUUGGAGCAAUAUUGGUUUCAAUCGUUGGAGGAGAGCAGAACCGGAGAAGAUUUCGUGUUUGGAUCUCUGGAAGGCGAGUCAGGUUUCACUGGAGCAAGCUAAAUCCGAGCUAGAAGCUUUCGAGGAAUCCAUAAUCAAGAAACCUAGUGACUUGAAGGAGCAAGACGUUAAAGUACUAAGAGAAGGACUGAUGCUCGUUGUUCAGUGCAGACAGUUCCUCAAAUGGAGCUGUGUGUACGACUAUCUCCACACAGAGUAUGAUAUGGCGAAGAGAGAGUACCUGCGAUUCCUCCAAGAAAACGCGUCUGCCCUUGUCCACAGUUUCUCACAGGGUAUAAAGGAGGAAACAGAAGCCAAAGAGCUUACUCGCGGUAAGCUAUUGAGUGAGACAACCAACAUUGGGAACUACUUUUAUCAUUUCAUCAAGACUUUACGAGAAGGUUUAGCCGAGGUGAAGGCGAAGUCGUACGACAACUAUGGUGGUCCUUAUUGGUUGUGCGAUCGCUGCACAUAUGGAAACUCUUGGUUCGAGAGGGCCUGUAAGAUGUGCUGUGAUCCUACUGCAUCCAAUACGGACGAGCUAAGUGAUUGAUCUCUUAGCUAAAAGGUUUUAGGAGACAGGAACCUUGCAAUUUAAGUUCUUAAGAUUCUGUUUUUUCUUUUCUUUCUUUCUGCAGUUUUAGGGGGUUUGUACUGGACUACCAAAUUUUAAUGUCGAAUUGAAUUUUUUUUCUUUCUUGAUAGUUCAGAGUUACAAUGCUUUGUGAAAGCAACGUUUCUUCAACC